AUGUUCCGUCUCGCCGCUCGCAACCUUGCUGCUCGUAGCCUUAAUGUCGCUGCGCGUCCGGCCGCCGUAGCUCCCCGUCUCGCCCUUGCUGCUCGCAGCACUUUUGUCCCCCAUGCAUCUUUCUCCGCCGCGGCCGGUUUGUCAAAAGAGGACAUCACGCAACGUGUCAUGGACGUGUUGUCGUCCUACGAAAAGGUGAAGGUCGACAAGCUCACGCCUUCGGCGUCAUUCGCGGGGGACCUUGGGCUCGACAGUCUGGACGCGGUAGAGGUCGUCAUUGCCAUUGAGGAGGAGUUCGCCAUUGAGAUUCCGGAUAAUGAGGCGGAUAGCAUUAAGACGGUCCAGGAAGCCAUUGACUACAUCGCGAAGACGCCUGAGGGUAUGCAAGCUCGUAACCUUUUCUCGUUUCCCUCCAUGCUGAUUGGCUGUUGUCCUAGCCCACUAGUCCGUAUCGUCAUUGCUUGUGUACCGUCCUUGUCCUUUAAUCGUAAUCCGUGCUGCCGUCCUGCUCCCCUCCUAUCUUGCCCUCAGCGUGCUUCGACGGUCGAGACUCGGGCACCUGCCCAAAGCAGUUAG